CGCCGCAAAGGGGUCGGCCAUUUUAAGGCUUAUAAAAAAGAACCCACCAAUUUUCUAGCACUUCUCUGCUGGGCGGACUAUUUACAACUCUUGGUCAUAGGGUUGGUUCUUUCCUUCACAACUUCCCUCUUCUUCUUCCUUCAGAUAAACAAGAAUAAACCCCAAUCGCCGCACCGAACGUUCUUCCAGCUAUGGCUGACGAAAAUCACAUUGAAGUUCCUGUUCCUGAUGAUGGGGCUCCUGAAACCAGUAAUGGGCAUGAACAGGAUUCUGUCGAACUUGCUCCGACGUCACAAAAGGGUGAAGAUGAUGUUAAAGAAGGGACAAAGAAAAAGAAGAAGAAAAAUAAAAGCAAGAAAAAGAAAGAGGCCCCUCAACAGACGGAUCCACCAACUAUUCCCAUCACUGAUCUUUUCCCAUCUGGGGAUUUUCCGGAGGGUGAAAUUCAACAGUACAAGGAUGAUAACCUGUGGAGGACUACAUCUGAAGAGAAGAGGGAGUUGGAGCGCCUUGAAAAGCCAAUGUACAAUUCCAUUCGACGAGCAGCUGAAGUUCAUCGUCAAGUAAGAAAAUACAUAAGAAGCAUAGUGAAGCCAGGGAUGUUAAUGACUGACCUGUGUGAGACAUUAGAAAACACAGUUAGAAAGCUAAUAUCGGAGAAUGGUUUGCAAGCAGGCAUAGCAUUUCCGACUGGAUGUUCUUUGAACUGGGUUGCUGCCCAUUGGACCCCUAACACUGGAGAUACGACUGUGCUUCAGUAUGAUGAUGUAAUGAAAUUAGAUUUUGGAACACAUAUUGAUGGAUGCAUAGUUGAUUGUGCAUUUACAGUUGCAUUCAAUCCUAUGUUUGAUCCACUACUCGAAGCCUCACGUGAAGCAACUAACACUGGCAUUAAGGAGUCUGGAAUCGACGUACGGCUUUGUGAUGUUGGUGCUGCAAUUCAGGAGGUCAUGGAGUCAUAUGAGGUUGAAAUUAAUGGAAAGGUGUAUCAAGUCAAAAGCAUUCGGAAUUUAAAUGGACAUAGCAUUGGUCGUUACCAGAUCCAUGCUGGUAAAUCUGUUCCAAUUGUGAAAGGAGGGGAGCAAACCAAAAUGGAAGAGGGCGAAUUCUUUGCAAUUGAAACCUUUGGAUCUACUGGGAAAGGAUAUGUUAGAGAAGAUCUUGAAUGUAGUCAUUACAUGAAGAACUUUGACGUGGGCCAUGUUCCACUAAGGUUGCCAAGAGCCAAGCAAUUGUUGGCAACCAUUAAUAAUAACUUUUCAACAUUGGCAUUCUGUCGACGGUAUUUGGAUCGCCUUGGGGAGACUAAGUAUCUUAUGGCAUUAAAGAAUUUGUGUGAUACUGGCAUUGUUCAGGCCUAUCCUCCAUUAUGUGAUUCAAAGGGCAGCUAUGUUUCUCAGUUUGAGCAUACCAUUUUACUGAGGCCAACCUGCAAAGAAGUGAUUUCCAGAGGCGAAGACUAUUGAUAAUGUAGCACAAAAAGUAGCCCUCAUUUGAAGCCUCUUAUAGUACACUAUGGCUUCUAAUUAUUUUUAGUAUGUUUUAAUUGGAGUCUUCUUCUAUACAUUUUGAUGGCUAGCAUCUCUAUACAUAGGCAUUUAUAAAUUUCAAUUACAUACUAUAAUAUGUUAACGCUUAUUUAGUGUCUGUCUGCUUUUUGAGUGUAUGAGAGUUACAUUACAGACCAUAUUUAAGAUUUUAAGUUGCAUCUUUUUUGUAUGAACAAGAUUUAUAUUUUUGGUAA